AUGUCUUACCCACCCGCACCCCCCGCCCCAGAAACCUUCAACAUCACAAUAACCAUCCCCGUCACCCGCCAAACCAUCACAGCCAUAAAAUCCGGCUUCUUCAACCUCGACACCCCCUGGUCCCAAUCCAAAACCAACCUCGCAACCACAACUCUCCACCACACGAUCGAAGCUGUCAAAGCGCUCCCAGACCUCCCACCAGAACCCACUUCCAACUCGAACUCCAUCAAUGCGGGUCCUCCUACCGUCGGACCUUUUCAACUCAUCGUCCAAGACGCCAACGGCAAACGUCUCCCAUUUGUUUUCACAGGCCAGGAAGCUGUGCAGGAGAUUGCGUUGAGAGUUUCGAUUCAGACGAGGAUUACGAAGAAGAGGAUGCAGUUGUAUUAUAAGGGGAGGUUGGUUUUUUGUGGGGGGUGGGAGGGGGAGGAGCAGA